AUGACUAGGAUUGCUGAGGUGCUGCCCAUUUGGUAUGGCAACGGCUUCACAGAAAACCAACCUGCUGUCUUCUCUCAAGGAUGCUUUUCAGGAGAUCAUGAACACUUCAAGACCAGAGGUCUGAGAAAGUCAGCUAGCAGUGGAAAACCAGUAAUCAUCUAUCAUCAAGUACAUAGCAUUGAUAAAGGUGUGGAUUUAAGUAGCAUAGAGAUGCAAAGAAGCACAAUAAACAUGCCAUCAUUCAGCGAGUAUACGGACCGAAGCAGACCACAUCCUGCCAUGAUUGUCAAAUCUACUUUACCCAGAGUAUCACAUGAGCAAAGCAUCCAUUUUGUCGCAAACAAUGACCAGCAGUUCGAAAUUGAAAAGCUCCCUGUCCCUGAAGAAGAUUUGAUAUCGGUGGCCAUGCAAAUGGAAGUAAAAAAAUUGAAUGUCACCUUACUUCGGAUAUUCCGUGAAGGAAUAGCUGCUGCGUUGGGUCUUUUACCACAACAAGUACAUAUUAAUCACCUUAAUGGCAAGAAAAACUGCAUUGAAUUUUAUAUAUCUUCAAUGAACAAUAAAAAUGGCAUGUUAGAUCCAAUACCUUCUAACGAAGUGAUGCAGUCGCUCAAUGUGAAUAUGCUGCACCAAAGUCUGUCACAGUUUGGCAUAACACAGGUUACAACUGAGAAAAAACUUCUGCAUGGAGAGCAUGGGAGGGAUGGAAUCUGGAACAAAGAAGGUGUCUAUGCUGUUGUUAUAUUCCUCACUGCCUUUGUUAUUGUCAUUACAUGUUUAAUGUUUCUAUACAGGUUGAAAGAAAAACUUCACUUUCAAAUCAACCAGGAUAAACAACAGCAUCAGUCAAUCGACCUUUCUUCUAUUCCUGUGCAGCAGCCACAGCCAGAGGUUAAAAUUGCAAACAGUAUGGUACAGCCUGGGUCUGUCCCUGGCACUGUAAGUGUUAACAUCGAUCCCCAGGGUCAGCCUGUACCAGAGAUCAGGCCAUGUGUUUCAUCUGGUCCCUCACCAUUCAAAAUGAAGCCAGCUUGUCUUCAAGAAAGGAGAGGUUCGAAUGUAUCGCUUACAUUGGAUAUGAGUACCUUGGGAAAUGUUGAAUCGUUCAGUAUUGCUCCUACACCCCGUGAAAAAAUAUUCCUGGAGUAUCUACGGACUGCUAGCCGGGUGCUCACUAGAUUGCAACUGAAAGAAUAUGUAGCAAGUGCCCAGUCCCUUCAAGCUGAAUUCAUGGAAAUUCCCAUGAAUUUUGUGAAUCCCAAAGAGCUGAAUAUCCCCUGCCAUGGAGCUAAGAAUAGAUAUAAAACUAUUUUGCCAAAUCCACACAGCAGGGUAUGCCUGAUACCAAAGAGUCAAGAUGAACCUGUUAGCAAUACCUACAUUAAUGCCAACUACAUUAGGGGUUAUGAUGGUCAGCAGAGGGCAUACAUUGCAACUCAGGGCCCUAUGAUCAAUACAGUGAAUGACUUCUGGCGGAUGGUUUGGCAAGAGGACUGUCCUGUGAUUGUUAUGAUAACCAAGCUGAAAGAAAAAAAUGAGAAAUGUGUUCUAUAUUGGCCAGAGAAACGGGGCAUAUAUGGGAAGGUUGAGGUUCUUGUAAACAGCGUUACUGAAUGUGAACAUUACAUCAUCCGGGACCUUACCCUGAAGCAUGAAGGAAAGUCUCAAAACAUAAAGCACUACUGGUACAAAUCCUGGCCUGACCAUAAGACCCCAGACAGUGCCCAGCCACUAUUGCAGCUCAUGCUGAAAGUGGAGGAAACAAGACAGAACUCACCUGGCCGAGGCCCUGUUGUUGUACACUGCAGUGCUGGGAUAGGGAGAACAGGUUGUUUCAUUGCUAUCACUGUUGGAUGCCAGCAGCUGAAAAACAAAGGAGUGGUCGACAUACUAAAUAUUGUUUGCCAGCUACGAAUGGACAGAGGAGGAAUGAUUCAGACAAGUGAACAGUAUGGAUUCGUACAUCAUGCCCUAAGUCUUUAUGAGAGCACGAUCUCAGCUGACACUAGCCACUGAAUCUGUCAGAUAAUACUCUUCACAUGUGACAAUCUAAUUCAAAGUUACAUGGGAGUGAGCUAAAUUAUCUCUUGAAGGUAAUGUGUUUAUUAUCGGGAAACAAAAAGUGGAAUUACCUCCAGCAGAAGGGUGAUACAUGGUAAACUUGGAAACUAGUCAAGAGUAGGACUGCAAAAUACUGUGUGCCAGAUUGAUUAAAGAUAGCUGAUUGAAUGUUGUGUAAAUUUUCCUAAAUUCUGUUAUGGGAAGAUGCAGCUAACUACAAUAUCAUGUGGCAUAUUAAAUGUGUCUAAUAAAGGCCUUUCCUAUGAAGUUCAGUUCAACAAUACUUGCAGUGGUCUCAGAAAAGCAGUGCUGGUUGAAUUUGGAUUUUCUGCAUUUUGAACUGGCACAGCUCUUGAUGUGAUCUAUUAAUAUAUACAUGUGAUAAGUGCUAUUUCAUAAUGUGGUGAAUUUUAUUUCUUUACCACAUUAUUGUCUUGCUGCUGAAAUGCACAAGUGUUUUAUUCAUGAAUUUUGAAUAACUGUCCAAUCCUGGAAUAUUUUAAAACUCUCUAAAUGUUUUGUAUGUAAUGUAGAAGCAGAUUUUUAUUUGUGACAUGGUGUUAAAUUGUAUGCCUAUUUAAAAUCCUAACUAGCAGUCAACUUGCACAAUGUUAAACAAUCACUAUAUGUAUUCCUAUGUCCAUGACAAUGUAUUUCUAUUGAGAUUGUCUAAAUGUUUAAGCUUCCUAGAUAUUAUGAAAAUCCCAAUGUGAUUGACACUUACGGCAUCUUUUUUUCUCUACUGUUGUGAAGUGGUGUCAACAUUUUCUUUCCCUUGGCAGACAAGAAGUGCACUGUAUAAACGUAUGGGAAUGUAUAUACCAAUGUAAUAUGGAAGCCCAAAAAUAUGAAGCAUUGAUGUAGCUUUAUUCUGUAUGUAGCUACUUGGCAUAUGUUCCAGUUGAUGAGACAUAUUUUAAAUUCCUUCUUUGUCGUGUGCAGGAAAUUGUUUACAUUAAUAAGUUGUUUACAGAAAGCAGUGCAGAAUCUGCACAAGAUAAUUUGUGUUUUUAUUCAGCACUGUUACUUUUUGUGUAUGAUGACAAUAAAUACAACAGAUUUUGGAAA